AAAUUUUCAGUUAUUAAUUUUUGAAAAUGAAAAUAUAACUUGGACAAGUUAAGUGCUAUAACAGUCUGUGAGUUUUUCGUUUGUGAAACCAGUUCGUUUGUGAUCGUAUUUUUUAUUGGUACAAUAUGUCACUCGUUACUUUAUUUUUGCCUUGGAAGUAAAGAAUCUCGCUUAAUUAAUCAAUUCUUAAAAGGUCGAUUUUUUUGAGUUUAACAUUUAAGAUUGUUCCAUAAAUGCUAAAAUGGAAAAAUCACGAGAAGAAGUGCUUGCAGAAAGAGAGAAGAAGAAACAAAUGAAAUUAGCCGCUAAACAGAAGAACAAGGAAAAGGCCGUUCAAGGUACCCGGCCCAACGUUAUAGCAGCUGAAAACAAAGAUGGCCAAACUAAUCUAGAAAAAGUAAAUUUAUCUGAAAAAAUAGAUAAUAUUGUAGGUGAUCAUAUUCACAGUAAUGCAAAUGAUACAAAUAUACUUAAAAAUGGCUCUAAAACAGAAGCGGCCCAAGAAAAACUGGAAAAAAAUGAAAAAAGUCGUGAAGAGGUAAUGGCUGAACGCGAGAGGAAGAAGCUCAUAAAACAGUCUGCCAAGAACAAAAAUGAAAAAGUGUCUCAAAAGGAUGAGACUAAGGUCCCGCCAAAAGAUGUCACUAACAUAGCAAAGCAAAAGUCAAAAGCAGAAUUAAGGGCUGAGAGGCGGGAAAAGCAGGAGGCACAAAGAGCUGCAAAAGAAGAAAGUAAGAAAGCAAACCAGCCUCAAGAAAAAGAAAAUAAAUUAAAACCGCAAGAAACCAAACCCCCAACUCAGCCUCAACCUGCACAAAUUGAUAAAUCAACUUCAAAGAAUCAAGUCGAGCUAAGACACCAGCAGAGGGUCAAGUUGUUCAGCCAUUUGCACUUCGAUCAACUGUCAUUCCCAUCGCUCAUUACUGAUACCAUCCAUCCUGCUAUUCUGGAGCUUGGCGCUAAGUAUUCAGCGAGGCUGACAAGUGGGUCAAAUGCGAGAUGUGUCGCUCUUUUGAAAGCUUUGAAAGAUCUGAUAACAGAUUUUGUGACUCCUGUGGAAAAAGAGUUUUCCAGAGCUUUGGAAAAAUGUCUGGGACAAUCGGUCGCCUACCUCAACCAAUGUAGACCUUCUUCUGUCAGCAUGACUAAUGCUCUUAAACAUAUAAAAUCUCAUCUCACUCAACUACAUAAUGUGUCAGAGGAAGACGCUAAAAAGAAACUCUGUGAUGUCAUUGACACAUAUAUUAGAGAGCAGAUCGAUGUAGCAGGAGAUGCAAUAUGCUUAGCUGUACAAAAGAAAAUAGCCAAUGGAGAUGUUAUUUUAAUUUUUGCCUGCUCAUCUCUUUUAUAUAGAAUUUUAAAAGAAAGUCACAGGGAAGGAAAAACAUUCACAGUAGUCGUUGUAGAUGGUGGUCCAUGGUUUGAAGGGCGUGAAAUGCUCCGAAGGCUCGUUACGCUUGGAAUUAAGUGUACAUAUGUACUGAUUUCUGCACUCUCUUUUAUAAUGGGACAAACUACAAAAGUUCUACUCGGAGCGCAUGCACUCCUUGCGAAUGGUUAUGUCAUGUCGAGAACUGGUAGUUCCCUGGUAGCACUUUCUGCCAAAUCCUUCAAUGUGCCUGUGCUUGUAUGCUGUGAGACUUAUAAAUUUUGCGAAAGAGUGCAAACUGAUGUCUUCGUUUAUAAUGAAUUAGGAAAUCCACUUGACUUUGUUCGGACAGACCAGAGAUUGAAAUCAUGGGAAAGCAAUCCCUACUUAACACCCUUAAGUCUUUUGUAUGAUAUCACUCCUCCUGAUCUUGUGACAGCAGUUGUCACAGAAAUCGCCAUCUUGCCUUGCACGAGUGUGCCAGUGAUACUAAGGAUCAAACCUUCUGACAUGGUUGUUUGAAAUUUUAUUUGUAAUAAAGUUAUA